AUGACUUCAUUGGAAAGGCCGCCAGCAUCAGGAGAUUUUGAAUGGGAUGAAAGAAAUGACCAGCCCGGCGGACAUAAGUUUAUUGAUGGGAUGGCAAGUUUGACCAGCGACACAGAUGGCAGUGGUUACCUUGGCGUUGCUUCGGGAGCUGCACUAUUGCGCAUCACCGUAGGCCACAAUGGCCAUCGUUCUGGGACAUCAAGCCCAAGAGCAUCCACAGUUCCAUUCGCCAUGACCUCCCUAUCUGCUUUGGACGGCUAUAUCGACGAUUACUUUGCACUCUACCAUCGCUCAUACCCCAUAAUACACGAGGCUACAUUUCGAGCUCAGUUCAUGGAGAUUAUACCGCGGCCCAGCGGAAAUGCUUGGCAAGUCUUGCUAUAUGUUGUGGCUGCUCUAGGAGCAUGGUCUACUGCGACGCAGCGGACGGAUGCCCACACGGCACUGUUUGAGGCAGCAAAAGCAAGAUUCUCAUUCGACUUAUUGGAAACAGGCAAUCUGGUUCUAGUUCAGGCUUUGACACUAAUGGCGAACUAUGCACAAAUGGGAAACAAGCCAAACUCGAGUUAUAAUUACUACGGGUUGGCACGACGUAACGCUAUGGGAAUUGGCCUUCAUAAGGAACUCUCGGCCUGGCGACUCAAACCACUGGUUAUAGAAAUGAGGCGUAGAGUUUGGUGGUGUCUGUAUGCAUUUGAUGUGGGAAGCAUCAUAACUUUCUCCAGGCCGUUCGAUUUUCCACAAAGCGGGGUCGACGUCGAGCUUCCAAUAAAUGUUCACGAUGCCGAUCUCACAACGGCUACAACACAAAGACCACCUCCAGCAGAUACCACUACGCUAUACUCACACCUGACAGCUCAAUGCUCUUUUCAUAUGGCUACUUACAAUAUAUACGAGCGAAUGAUAUCAGAUUCUUUUCCAUCAGCAAAGGAAAUGGUUGAGCUGGAUGAUACAUCAAUUGAAUCGUGGCUAGGUUCACUACCCCAUUACUUUCAGCCGUCCGCCACCCAACCGCCCAGAUAUGCCUUCAGCCAUGCAACGCUUCAAUGGCGGUAUCGUAACUUGCGCAUACUGGCGUACCGUCCAUUUCUUCUCAAACGAGCCAUGUCAGGUUCGGAGUGGGUACAAGACCAAGAUGGCUCAGAAGACCUAGCCAAUAUUGACAUCGCGUUUCAACGCUGCCUAGAUGCAGCAAGCGAGUCGAUCGAACUCAUCUCCAGAUUCUGGUUCAACAAUUCCCAGACCAUGAUGGUUUCCUGGUAUGGGUUGUACUUUUUGUUUCAAGCUGUCCUUAUUCCCAUCGUUUGUUUGCGUAAUAAUCCGCAAUCAGAUCUGGCUGGAGCAUGGCGUGACCAGGUUCAUGAAUCCACAAGGAUUUUAGAAUCCAUGAUGCGGCUGAAUCCUACAGCGAGUCGCUGUCUUCGUAUCGUAACAUCUUUGGCCCAGCCAUAUAUCUCAAAUGAAGAAGAAAUAAACGGGCCGACACAAGAGUCAUGGCAAGAUCAAUUGACCAGUCUAUAUCCGAUGAUGUGGCCAGAACUUGGAUCGGAUUUUGCCCCAUCUGAUCAUAUUAACGAAUUGCAAGAAUCAACUAUCACGGAUUUUAUGAAUCGAAUGUCCGCGUAUGAAUAG